GGCUUCUCGCUGGAGGUGAAGGUGAGUGACAAGGACAGGUGGUGGCAUCUUUCCCAAUGGGCUAUGUGUUCUUACUGGCCCAUCCUGUUCCCUACAGGUGUUAGCUGCUGUUGCCCUCUGAGUCUUCAGUGUUGCCCACCAUGGCAUGGCAUUUGGGUAACUGGGUCUGACUAGUUCACUCAUACACUUGUCAUAGCCAUGGCCAUUGCCUGCUGGCACUUGGUUGGUACCCACCUGUAUUCUAUUUCUCUAUUCCAAACUCACUGGAUUGCAUGGCUUGGUAUGCCUCCUUCUGCACCAUUCUCUGGCCCAAACUCACCUACAAGGUAUAUCAGGUUAAUAUGUAUAUACCACCUGUUCCCUUAGUCCAAGAGGAGGGAAGAGUUUCUUACCUCUGGCCUUAUCUGCCUCCAGCCCAUGUGAAAAAAAUAUAUAUCCCACCUGCUCCCUUAGUCCAAGAGAAGGGCCUUAUCUGCCUCCAGCCCAGCCAUAAUGUAGCUUAUCUAAAGGCCCGAGAGGUGGGGCACCUAGCCCUACCCAGCUUUCCAAUUCCUUUCAAUUCUCUUAUUCAGUCUCACUUCCAGAGACACAGCGGCCAGGAACCGUGCAGAGAUCUUACAGAGGGGAUUCUCACAAUCUCCAUUUCUGGUAAGCAGCUGAGGACAGAGAGGAGGUAGGUGGCCCCUGAGAUGGGACUGUGAGCCCUGGGCGCUGCCUUUUCAGAUACGCAGAAGAAUUCCUAGGUUGGGAGUGAGUUGAGAGUUGGCCACAGUGAUGGGGGCAGGGACAGAGAAGGGAGCAUGGGUGAGUAGGUACCUGGGCCGCCAGAAGGGACUUAGUGGGAGGUGGCCAGGAAGCUUGUGAGGGGAGGCCUGGCCCCAGGAGGGAAGCAAAGGAACCUGAAGAAAGGCAAAGAGAUCUCAAAAGGAAGCCGUUGCAGAGUGAUUGAUGAAAGGGGAGAGAGUGAGAAGGAUCUGGACGUAAGAGAGUCUGAAGGGUCCAAUGUGGGGACAAAGAGCUGUUGCCAAAGAGAGACAGAGAAGGAACAGCUGUGUCAGAUUGGACUGGUGAUAAGCCUAUGGAGGGUCCCACAGGGCAGGGGAGAUAAAGAGGUACAGGGGCCAAUUGUAGACCAGGAGAGGGUGAGAGAGAGAGUGGGUUGGGGGAGAUGCCCCAGGUGGGGUUUUGGGGUUCAUUGUAUUUUAGCAAGUGUAAGGGACCUUUCAGAAGGUGACCAAAAACUGAGGAGACAGGACUGGGGGUGGGGGGCUGUUCAGGGCUCCUAGUUCCAAGCCACUCUUGCACUUCAUCCUUUCUCUUUUGUUUCCUUCUAAGGCUGACUUACCACCAUUUUGUUGGGAAAUGAUUGGUAGGGGCACCCAUCCAACUGCUUUGCAGAGUACAGCAAGGGAGGGAAGCCCCGGAGUCAAGGCCAAGGGAAGAAGUAAUCAGUUGGGGUUGGUAAUGUGAGGUCUGGCAGCUAUGCCUUUCAUCCCUUCCUGGAUCCUCUGUUCAUCAACACUGGUGAGAGUCUGGCUAGGGGAUGGCAGGCCUGCCUUCCCACCCCUCGGGCCCCUCUGAGCAAGGGGGCAACUCUGCUGUGGGAGAUGCAGAAAACAGGUCUUGCUUUCUGUUCGAGGCAAUCACUGCUCCACCUUUCCUCCAUAAGCGUUCCAUGAGGGGCAGAGAAGAGUCCAGCAUUUGUGAUGGUCACCCCUCCUUAGUGUGUGGUGACCCCCGCACCUUCUGGAAACAGGGAAGGCAAGUAAUUUCAGGUGCUGGUUGUCCUAGGAACUUUGGUUCUUCCUUGACCCCAGGCUGCCAAAGGUAGAAGAUUUAAAAACCUGAACUAAUAUCCCCCUCCACCAAAAUGAAAUUGGCUUCCUUUUCCCAGUUUGUCCAGGCACAAUGCCCAGCAAAUUUGAGGAAAUCACAGGAGUUGUGGUCCAAGAGAUGAAUUCUAGAGGAGAUAUGAUUGCUGUCAGAAGCCUCAUUGAUGCUGACAGAUUUCACUGCUUCUGUCUGGUGAGGGAGAAGAGAAAUUUCUUGGGAUGCCGGUACUACACAACAGACCUCACCCUGGAGGACAUACUGGAGAGAGAGGAGGGUGAAGGGCCGUUUGAUAAGCCGGAUUCUGGGCUCCAAGGUCAAAAGGCUGAGUUCCGAGCUGUGGACAUGGUAGACUCAAAGGGAGAGCUGAGUGUGAAAUUGCCCAAAGAAAUGACAAUUUCAGGGAGCUUCCAGGGGUCUCAGGAGCAGGAAAUCAAGAUAUUGCACACUCGGAUACCCCAGAAAUAUCUGGAUUCCCUUGAGAACAGGAAGCUGAAGAGAAAACUACCCACUAUGUUCAAAUCAAUCCAGAAAAGGAGAGAAAACCUGUAUCUGGUGACAGAAACUGUGGAGACAACAGAGGAGAACACCCUGGAAAGUGAACAGCGAUAUACAUUUUGGAGCCAGCUGCAUCUUGGCAGUCUCAAAUUCAAACGCAAGCAAAAAAGGGCAGUGACCAUCCCCCCCAAGCGGGUCCUGGGCUAUCGAAUAAAGCAGCUCGUCUUCCCCAACAUGGAAAGGAUGGAUAUUUGUUUCGUGGGCAAAACAGAGUCCUUUCCAGAAGAGAAAGAUGGAGGUUCACGGUGCUUAGGGAGGUCCUUGAGUUUGGAGGAUUUCAGCAACAUGAAAGAGAAGGUGCAGGACAUGGUGAGAGACCUCCAGGAUCUGACUGAGCAGGAGCGAAAAGAUGUGCUAAGCUGCCUCACUAGGUGCCUCAACGAAGAUGCGCAGCUGCAGGAUCUAGAGCAAAGAGUAUCUGAGGUCCUGAUCUCUGGUGAGCUACAGAUGGAGGACCCAGCAGGUCCUCUCAUAAGCAGCCUUUUUAAUGAUGCUGGGAUCUUGGUAGAGGCGCGCUCAGAAGCCAUUCUGGAUGUCCUGGAUGCCUUGAGGGAGCUGUCUGAGGAACAACAGCUUGUGGCUGAGGCCCUAGAGAAGGGGACCCUGCCCCUGUUGAAGGACCAGGUUGAGUCUAUCCUGGAGCAGAACCCGGGUGAGCAGCCCCAUGAGGUGGGCUGUGACCCUGAGGCACGAAAUCUUUGUGCUCUCUAUGUUGCUGUCUCCAUCCUGCUGCAGCUAAGUGAGAAGCCUACCUCUGUGUCUUCCUAACUGUAUAUUGGCUCUUGAACCAUUCUCCCCACAAGCCUCUGACUGCUCCUCUUCGCAGUCCAUCCUCACCCUGCCCACCUCCCCAGUCACCAGAAUGAUAUCUUUAAAACAAGCAGCUGGCUAUUCUUUGAUACAUCCCAUUCCCUACAUGAUAAUGUCCCAAAUCAGCUUGGAUUGUAUGCAUGGACUUCUGAUUAAAAGUGGCAGAUUGAUCAUA